AUGGUUGCCAUUACGAUCAGUCUGCGUUCUCGCGGCUUCAAGGGGUUUGAAUUAGAUGUUCCAUCCAAUUCCCAAACACAAUCUGUCUUGGAAGCGAUCAGUAAGAAGUUAUCGACUUCAGUCAAUAGAAUCCGGUUAACUCAAUUAGAUGCGACAUCCAACAAACAGGUCCCCCUUGAUACCUCUAAAUCCUUGGUGGAAAAUGGUGUAAAUGGAGAUCAAUUCACUCUUUAUAUUAAAGAUUUGGGACCUCAGAUUGCUUGGAGAACUGUGUUCCAAGUCGAAUACCUUGGUCCCCUUUUGGUUCAUCCCUUGUUUUAUUUUGGUUCGCAAUACUUUUAUUCUAAACCUGUUUCCCAUAACCAAACACAAUGGUUUGCUUAUUUGUUUGUGAUGUUCCAUUUCAUAAAGAGGGAAUUGGAAACUUCUUUUGUACACAAGUUUUCAAAUGCUACAAUGCCAGCUUUUAACAUCUUCAAGAACUCUGGCCAUUAUUGGAUUCUUUCUGGAUUCAACUUGGCCUAUUUUAUUUAUGGUCCUGAGGUUGAUUCUGAUGCUGCCUAUUGGCAAAGAUUCUUAUUUCAUGUUAAGGACAAUUCAACCGUUGUUAAUUACGUUUUAGCGGGUUUAUUUGUGUUUGCCGAAUUAUCUAACUUCAAAACCCAUUUGACUUUGUCUAACUUGAGACCUGAAGGAAGUAAGAAAUAUGUGAUUCCUACAGGAUACGGGUUUGAUUUGGUUUCUGUUCCCAAUUACUUUUUUGAAAGUCUUUCAUGGUUAAUUUACACCUUAUUGGUCGGAAACUGGUCUGCUUGGUUGUUCUUUGCUGUUGGUACUGCUCAAAUGUGGGUAUGGGGUGUCAAGAAACACAAGAGAUACUUGAAGACAUUUGGUGACGACUACAAGAAAUUAAAGAGAAAGAUCUUUGUUCCUUAUGUUAUUUGA